UAGCGUGGACGGCAGGACUGGCUUUUAGGCCAGUGGAUCCAUCGCAACGGCUCGCAGUCUAUGACCGCAAGCGCUAAUCAUGGCCGCACCGAAUCAGCCAGAGUGGACCACCCUCGGAAAAUUAAGCCUACCCAAAUCCGCCCAAACGAACGCCAAAAGUGUAGAAGUUCUCGUCUUCCAGGGACUUUACGAUGGUAAAAUUCCAGUCACUAUUAAGCGAGCCAAAAAGUCGCUUAGCGUAGUCGACAAGAAAAUCCUUAAGGACAUCAAUCAUCCGAUCAUCACACGUUAUUACACCACCGAAGCUGACGAGGAAUUCUACUACAUUGCGACGGAAAUAUCUACGGACACGUUGGAAGUUCUGGCUCUAAAGGGAGUCGAAGGUCGAAAGAAUACGGAAUCAGAAUCCACUAAACCAGCGGUGGGCACUCACAAGGAUGUUCUUCACCAAAUCACUCGAGCUGUUGCCUACCUUCACAACAAGAAAAUGAUCCAUGGAAACAUCAAUCCACAAAGUAUUGUGAUUUGCGAACAACCACCCACACUGAAUGAUCUUAAACCUUCACCUAGAGCCAAAUUAGCCAAUUUCGAAGUCGAAGGGGCUCGCGACGGUUGGAAAGCGCCUGAGUACGAACUGAAACCAGAGGAUUUAUCGCCGGCUUCUGAUAUAUUUUCAUUGGGCAUCGUCUUUGCAUACUUGCUUUCCAAUGGUCUACAUCCUUUUGGUCCUGUUCAUCUCCAACAGAGCAAUAUUCUUUUUGGAUUUCUCCACCUGUCUGAGGAGAAGCUGAACGAUCCGAAUGCCGUUGAUCUUAUGAAGCGGAUGCUCGAUAGCGAUCCAACAACUCGAAUUACCAUAAAAGGUGUCCUUGGUCAUCCUUACUUCAUGGGAGCCGAGGAAGCCGUAGCAUUCAUCUGCAAAGCGGUCGAUGAGGUUCUGAAACCCGAAAUGAAUUUGGUUAACGAAGGAGGCAAAAGUUCUAUCAUCAAUGAACUGAAGAACGGCGAACAGCCCAUCAUUCGGGGUUACUGGAAACAAUACCUAACGCCUUACGUACGGAAAUUGAUUGAACGUCGUAGUUACGAUGCCAAAUCGUUGCCUGGGCUGCUGUUAGCCAUCAGGGACAAGGCGGUCCAGUAUGCAGAUCAGUCACCUGAAGUCAAGGCUGAAUUCGGAAGUAAACCAGAAGGUUACUGGAUUUACUGGUCGACAUUGUUUCCUUCUUUACUCAUCCACACGUGGAGAGUUGUGGCGGGUCGACUUGGAUCGAAUAUUUGAUUUCUUGUUUUGUUUUUCUUUAUAUUCUCCUUGAAUUUCUUUUUCUUGCUAUUUCUACAUUUUCAAAUUAGUAGUAGGUAGAGACAGAAAAAUAGGGCAAACCAAUCAGCACUAUGUAACUGCUUUAAUUUUGUUGUGGGAGGAAACGAAAAUAAAUCGACAUCAUGUGCUGCCGUUCUAAUGUUUAA